AGCACAAGCCACAAAUUGUGACAACAAAAUGUCUCAAAAGUUGACGGUUUUGUUAGUUAUUUUCUCCCUCCAUAGCCUAGUGGCAUUGGCCUCAGACCCAGAUCCAGUUCAAGAUUUUUGCAUUCCAAACCCUACGUAUGGUGCAAUAAGAACUGCUAGUUUCACUAUCCUACCAUGCAAAAAUUCCUCCGAAGCAACCACCGACGAUUUCAUCUAUUCCGGCAUGAAAAUCCCCGGAAAGUUCUCGGAGACCGGCCUAGCAACCAUUCCUGUGAACCCAACAAAUUUUCCUGGCCUUAAUACACUAGGCAUGUCCUUUGUUAGGGCAGACCUAAAAACUGGUGCCAUUAACCCACCACAUUUCCAUCCUAGGGCAACAGAAAUUACUUAUAUAGUUCAAGGAAGUGUUUAUUCAGGUUUCGUUGAUUCUAACAACAGAGUUUAUGCUAGGGUUCUUGAAAAAGGGGAGGCUAUGGUUUUCCCCAGAGGGUUAGUGCAUUUCCAAAUGAAUGUGGGUGAUAAAGCUGCAACAGUUUUUGGAAGCUUCAAUAGCCAAAACCCAGGAAAUCAAAAAAUCCCAACUGCCAUUUUUGGGUCUGGAAUUGAUGAGGAGCUUUUGGAGAAGGCUUUUGGAUUGAGUUCUAAGCAAAUUGGAACGAUGAAGAGGAGGUUUGAUCCCAAAAAGGUAUAGUUGAGGCAGGAAAAAUGAGGGUUGGGGUUGAGGGGGUAUUUUGGUCAGUUUGCAAUAUUAUGAAAUUAUGUUAUUUUGUCCAUCUUAUAAUUAUAGAAUGCUUCUUUGUUAUCUUCUAGCAUAAAUUAAUGUGAGUGUUAAAAUACAUAUCAUGGCAUGUCGUUUUUUGGGGUCAAUGGUAGGUAAACAUAUCAACUGUUGUUUGUUUGUCUUAUAUAUAAUUGUACUAUUUUCCAUAA